AUGCCCCCUCGACUUGGAUAUCCUGUGAAGACAAUUCACAGCGUCAAGCUUGCCGCAACCAAUCCAGAAACCACCUGGGAUAUCGCCAUUGGAUACCUACCAGACUCCCCAGAGGGAGUCAUAUCCUCCAUAACCCCAGAUUACUCGAGCACCUCAUCUCGUCCAUUAUCACCUCUUGCGCUGCCCGCCCUCGUACACCCCCAUAUCCAUCUCGACAAAGCCUAUGUUCACAGCACGUCCUCCUACACCGAUCUCUUCCCCUCAACCGGUUCAUUCCAAGAAGCCCUGACCCUCACAAGCACGGCGAAAGCCUCAUUUACAGGGCCCGACCUCCUACAACGCGGCGAAUGGCUCCUUGCCGAAUCCGUCGCCUCCGGUGUAACAGCCAUGCGCGCCUUUGUCGAGGUCGACCACGCAGUCCAGCAUGCCUGUCUUGACGCUGGGCUAGACCUGAAACGAAAAUGGCAAGAGGCAUGCGAAAUCCAGCUCGUCUGCUUUGCACAGGAUCCUGUCAUUUCGACGGCUCAUGCAGAUGAGAAUAGAGGGCUGAUUGAGGACGCUAUCCAGAAGUAUGGUCCGGAAAAGCUGGCUGUAUUGGGGACAACACCGUAUGUUGAAUCAAGCAUCGAGGCUUCGAAACGUAAUAUCGAGUGGGCUGUUGAUACGGCUAUGCGACAUGAUCGCCACCUUGACUUUCAUCUUGACUAUAACCUCGCUCAUCUGGAGGACAUGCCAGAACCGCUUGUCUGGCAUGUCCUGCGCACUCUUCGCGCAAAAGGCUGGACGGCCAGAACGACCGACAAGCGUGUUAUGUUGGGUCACUGUACACGGCUUUCACUCUUCACAGAAGAGGACUGGGGUCGCCUGGCGCAAGAAAUCCAUGAGAAUGAUCUCCCUGUUAGCUUCGUUGGUCUUCCCACUAGUGACCUCUAUAUGGCUGCAGCACCCAGUAAUGUGUACAAGGCCAACCCAAGAGGUACACUGCCAAUACCUUCCAUGAUAAAGAAUCACGGCCUUGACGCCGUGAUUGGUAUAAAUAAUGUCGGAAACGCGUUUACACCAUGGGGCUCCGCGGACCCAUUAAGCCUUGCUUGUUUAGGCGUUGGUAUAUACCAAGCCGGAACGGUGAGUGACGCAGAAUUGCUAUAUGAAUGCGUCUCCACGCGGGCCCGAGACGCUAUCGGAUUGUCCUCAUCCUCGCUGUCCCGCAUUAACUCUAGCCCUCGAUCGACUUUCGACGUGCGCCUGAAAUGCGGAGAUCCUGCGGACCUUCUGCUGUUAUAUGAUGUAGAUGACACUGGGCUUCUGGAAUCCGGCACAACGCGGGCCCGGAAGACUGUUGCGGAAGUUGUCUGGGAUCCUCCAGCAAGGACGAGCAGGGCGGUUGUGAUGAAGGGCCGUGUGAAGAUGCCUGCACUGUCAGCCGGUUGCGGUACUGCAUUUCAGUUCGUAGAGCAGGAUCCUCGCUUAGUCGAAUCUAGUGGCUGA